AUGGUGAGGGGCCCGGGCGGCAGCAACAAGAAGCUGCAGCAGAAGUGUCACCAAGGCCCAGUGCACCGCCAGGCCAUGGUGAGGGUGAGGGGCAUGGUGAGGGUGAGGGGCAUGGUGAGGGUGAGGGGCAUGGUGAGGGGCACUCGCCAGGCCAUGGUGAGGGGCACUCGCCAGGCCAAGCGUGUGGAGGGCUGCCAUGGUGAGGGGCACCCGCGCACCUGUGACUUCUGCGUGGACAAGCCCAAGUUCGGCGGCAGCAACAAGAAGCGGCAGAAGUGCCGCCUGCGCCAGUGCACUCGCCAGGCCAUGCUGGGGGAGGAGCUCCACAGCAGCAGGGCGGGGCAUAGCAAGAGGAGGCGGGGCCAUGGCUCCAGCAGGGAGGCAUCAUGGGAGUUUGAGUUUUCCGACAACGAGAACGAGGAACGGCGCUCUCGAGCGCCCAGGGAGACCAUGGCGUACAAGACUUAUUCCAGGCAAAAUCCAGGGCGGGGAACAGAGGAGACGAGGAGUCCACUGGUGUCGCACAUACCCAUCGUGAGUACACACCAGACGCCUCGCCCCAGCGUCGGCAGUGGCAGACAGAACUCGUCCAACCAGCUGCCUCAGAUCGCCAGUGCUCCGCACGCAAGGGCAGAUGGCAAAAAGGGGGCGGAGUCAGUGUCAGACAUCAGAGAGAGGCGGGGCUGGAGUGCCAGAGACACCGCGCUGUCCAAUCAGGAUGGAGUGGGGCGUGUCGGAGAUACGGUGCUGACCAAUCAGCAGGAUGGACUGAGGCAUGUUGAGGAGACAGCGCUGUCCAAUCAGGAUGGACUGGUUGGGAUGCAGGACGAAGAGGAGGAAGAUGGCAUCCCCAUGAUCACUCAGAUCUUCAGCCUGGCGGACAGUGGUGUGAGGCUGGACGGGGAGCUGCUGGCGUUGCUGGAGGCGUUGCGGUCGGCGUCGCUGCCUCAGCUGUGGCUGCCCGUGCUGGCGUCUGGCCCGGUGCUGCAGCUGCUGCAGUGCUCCAAGCGCUCGGCCAUGGCGGACACCGUGGUGCGCAUCGGGCCCGGCCUCGGCUUCAGCGUGAGCGUCCAGGACCAGCCCCUGCUGCCCACGCACCCGCUCUACGCGCAGCACCCCGCCCGCCUGACCGCCGCUGACCAGGUGGUGGCGCUGCUGAGGGACCUGGAGGGCCACGCCGUGUGCCAAGGCCUCCGCUCGCACGCCCCCGCACCCCUCAACGAGCCGCUGGUCAACAUCCGCCUCGCCACCUGCCACUUCCUGGUGCCCCGCAGCCGCGUCCGCUGCAGCAAGUGCCGCUACCCAACGGAGAAGAAUUAAACACACACACACACACACACACACACACAUUCAUACAGUCACUCAGAGAAGCCUUGAGCAAACACACACAAACACAGUCCCUACUGCCCACCUACACACACACACACACACACCCCCUCUACUUCCCAGUGGUGAAAUCUUGAACACUCAUAUGAAAUAUCACACUAGCACGCUAACAGGUCUGUGCACUCAUCCACACCAGUGCACCUGGCUCCCUCCACUGGCCUGAUGGGCCCCAUGUCUCCUCCACUGGCCCCAGGUCUCCUCCACUGGCCCCAUGUCUCCUCCACAGGCCUGAUGGGCCCCAGGUCUCCUCCACUGGCCUGAUAGGCCCCAGGUCUCCUCCACUGGCCCCAUGUCUCCUCCACAGGCCUGAUGGGCCCCAGGUCUCCUCCACUGGCCUGAUAGGCCCCAGGUCUCCUCUACUGGCCCCAUGUCUCCUCCACAGGCCUGAUGGGCCCCAGGUCUCCUCCACAGGCCUGAUAGGCCCCAGGUCUCCUCCACAGGCCUGAUAGGCCCCAGGUCUCCUCUGCAACAUCUGUAGGUUCUGAAACUGACUCAUAUGGGGGAGUGGGGGUUCUCAGGACAGCAUAGCGUUUAUCUGUGUGUCUGUCUGUCGGUGUGUGUGUGUGUUUGUCUGUCCGCGUGUGUGUCUACAGUAUGUUUGUCUGUCCGUGUGUGUGUGUGUGUUUGUAUGAUGAGGCUCCUGAUGACCCAUCUGCUGAGUUGUAGGGGAACAGCAUUCUGCUUCUGUACAGAACAGAGACACUAUUCCCGCAGUGCGUGUGUGCGUGCGCGCGCGUGUGUGUGCGUGCAUGUGUGUGCGCGCGUGUGUGUGUUUGCGUGUGCGCGCGUGUGUGUGUGCGCGUGUGGUUCUCUCGGUGGAAGGGGUCAGAUGUUCUUCCCUCGGUGGAAGGGGUCAGAUGUUCUUCACGCUCUUGUGCGCUGAGGACCCUGACUGACCCCUUCCCUGAGGACUCUUGAUGGCUUGAGGGGUUUUGAUAUGCAUUUGUAAAUGAAUAAAGCAAACUGUGAACUUCC